AUGAAAUUCAUUCGUACCAAACAAAUCUGUUUCAAAUGUUGUUCGGACCAACGGCACCUUGCACAAACUUGCAAAUCGAAUACACAGUGUGGCAUCUGCAAUGCACAUUCACAUCCUACAGCACUUCCCCCUGACCCUGACUCUGUCCAAGAUGAGAGGGAAGUAAACCUUUCAAAGGUGACAAGCUCAUGUACACAGGUCUGUGGAACAGCUUGUACUACGAACAGAUCAUGUGCUAAGAUACUGCAAGUGCGUGUAUACUCAGAAGAUAGACCAGGAGUAGUUCGGACUGUGUACGCCAUUAUACGCCAUUGUAAUUUAUCAAAGAAUCCAGACCCUGGCAAGUGUACACUCUUUGACUUCUUCCAUGAAAAAGGUCCAGAGAACAAUUAUAUCUUAGUGUCCUGUGCUGGGAGAAAACCUACCUUCGGCAGACAGGGAAUUGGCUAUGUUGUGCAGUCUUUAGUCCAGACCUGCUCGUUAAAACUGCCUAUUUUUCUAGAAUGUGACGACAUUCCCAACAACAGGAAGGAAAUCCCUUCCCCCAAGGUGGCACGACAGUUUGCCCACUUAAGGGACAUAUCUAAGCUUAUACCACAAGUAGGCGAUAAAGUAGAAAUAGAAAUGUUAACUGGGAGAGGCCUCCUAGAAUUAUCUCACGUAAAGGAACAGAGAGUAGGCAACGCGUGUUUGCCAUUUGCACAGAGACUUUUACUGGGAUGGGUGAUCCUCGGGAGAGUGUGCUUGGGCAACACAGACAAAACUGAAAAUGACGAAAAGCCUGGACCAUCUGUAGAAGACCAGAAAUUUAUUGACAUUAUUUCUUUCAAAAGAGGUGAAGAUGGACGAUGGAAAGCACCCCUACCUUUUAAAGAGGAUAGAACAUCUCUACCCAAUAACAAACCACAAGCUCUGAAACGAGCUCUGAUGCUAGACAACAGCCUCAGACGCAAUCGAACAAAGCUCCUUCACGCUCAAGAUUUCAUGCAGAAAAUCAUUGUCCAUGGACACGCUGAGAUAGCAUCUAAGAUUGCAGUAGAUUCUGAAUGCUGGUACUUACCGUUGUUCGGGGUAUAUCACCCCAGAAAACCUGAGUCUAUACGUAUGGUCUUCGACUCCUCUGCCAAACAUGAAGGACUAUCCUUGAACGAGCUACUGAUCAAAGGGCCAGAUUUGACUAACAACCUUUUAGGCGUUCUACUUCGGUUUCGGCGGGACGAGAUUGCUAUCACUGGAGACAUAGAGCAAAUGUUCUAUAAUUUCAAAGUUACAGAGAAAGAUCGUGACUUCUUGAGAUUUCUGUGGCAUCCCCAGGGUGAUCUAAAUACAUCGUUAUUUUUGCUUUCCACAGAUUUAAAAAAUAUAAUCACAAUCACUUCCGCAGAUGCUUGCUUGCGAAUUGAUAUUUUCAAACAGGAUUCAUGA